ACCUUUUUUUUAAAUGCAUGACAAGUGUAUGAUAAUAUUUGUUUCACUUGAUAUAUAUUCGCAAAAUUACUUUUCAAAAUUUAUUUACUUGACUACUGUCAUUUGCCAAAAUAAACCAAAAAACGUGCAGCAUAACCUGAAUUUACUGUCAGUAAUUAGUAAAAUUUUCGUGAUCCUAAAUUGUUUUUUGCACUUGAAGUAUCAAGUGUUUGUAAAUAAUACGUGGCAAACCUUCCUUUAUUAAAAUUGAAUGAUAAAUAAAUAUUACAUCAUACUUGUGUUUGCCAAGAAGUAAACUGAAAAGUUAUAAUCAAAAAUGAACUUCAUGAAUAAGUUUUAUGCAACAAGAACUGCUCUUAUAAGAUAUCAGCAUAUUCAAUCAAAAUUAAAGCCGAGAUUAACACAUCGCCCAACUGAUGUCAAACCGGUGUUCCGAAGAGCUUUUGAUCAUUUAGAGAAAAUAGGUCUCAAAGAUGAUGCAGGUACCUACUCCUUUGGUAAUUUACUUAUGGGUGCUAAUCAAUUAUCCAGAGAAAUGACUGCUAAAAUUGGUAAAACAGGAGAGAGGGUGGUCUUUGUGUGCCCCAAUGAUGCUUCGUAUGUUAUGACCCAGUGGGCCUGUUGGAUAUCUGGACAAAUUGCUGUGCCAUUAAAUAAAUCAUACCCUGAAAAUCUUCUGGAAUAUUACUGUAAUGAUAGCAAGACAAAACUUAUUGUAACAAAUAGUAGUAGUGCUGAAAUAAUGGAUCGCUUGGCAAAAAAAUGCAAUGCUAAAAUUAUAGUAUUGGAUGAUGACUUUAGAAAGAAUGCUCAAACAAAGGUGCCUACAAAAUUAACAGAUGUAGAAACAGGAUUAUCAGCAGAUUUUUACAACACAAGUGGAGCCAUGAUACUAUAUACCAGUGGUACUACAGGCAAUCCAAAGGGUGUGGUCCUUACCCAUCGGAACAUUUAUAGUCAAGUGAACACCCUAAUAGAUGCAUGGAGAUGGUCAUCUAAUGAUACUGUCCUCCAUACUCUCCCUUUGCACCACGUUCAUGGUGUUGUUAAUAUCCUCCUCUGUUCUCUCUAUGCCGGUGCCAAGUGCGUUAUCUUACCGAAAUUUGAUGCUAAUACUGUUUGGACUCAUUUAUUGGGUAUCAAUGAAAAUCCAGGAGAUCGUAAGAUAACGGUUUUCAUGGCUGUUCCCACAAUUUAUUCGAAACUUCUUGAGGAGUACGACAGGAUUUUUGCUGGUGAUCCAAAAAUGACUGAACACAUUAAAACUAUUCUUCAAACUAAAGUGAGACUAAUGGUAAGCGGAUCUGCUCCGUUGCCUGUACCAUUAUACCAACGUUGGCAUUCGGUAACAGGUCAUCGUCUGCUAGAGCGAUACGGGAUGACGGAGAUAGGGAUGUGCUUGUCACAGUUGUAUGAUUCCUCUAGGGAACCGGGCUACAUCGGGGUUCCAUUACCAGGUGUCACAAUAAAAAUUGUUGACAUUUCUCGCCCCAAUAAUGAGACCCUCUUAGAAUGCACCAACGUUAACGGAAGCGUCGAAUACACUUAUCUUCCCAUCAAAGAAAAAAACGACGAUCCAACAGGAGAGUUGCAUGUUAAAGGUGAAGGAGUGUUUAAAGAAUAUUUUAGAAGGCCGGAAGAGACACAGAAGGAGUUCACUUCCGACGGAUGGUUCAAAACGGGUGAUAUUUGCCAGUUUUCCCGUCAAAAGAAAAUUUUUAGGAUCCUAGGUAGAGCCAGUGUUGACAUUAUUAAAACGGGGGGUUAUAAAGUGAGUGCUGUAGACGUGGAAACGAUUCUCCUGGGACAUCCAGAAGUGGUUGAAUGUGCCGUGUUAGGGAUACCUGAUGACGUUUAUGGCGAAAAAGUUGCCGCUAUUAUUACGAUAAAACCCAUGUCAUUAUUAACGCACAUCUCGUUAACAGAAUGGGCCAAAGAAAAAAUGCCAAAGCAUUGGAUUCCUAAAGAAAUCAGGAUAGUUACUUCAUUACCAAAGAAUGCAAUGGGAAAAGUAAAUAAAAAGCAACUUCGUCUUAGUGUGUUUCCUGAAUUGGAGAAUUAAUCACAAAAUAUAAACUUUUUAUUUGCAUUAAGACUGAUAAUGAUUGGAUAUACAUGUCUGUGCCAUGUACACUUUUUUGGUGUUAAUAUGUGAAUAUAUGUAUAUAUGAACUCA